UGUUUAAAUUUGGUAUUUUGGUAUAUAAAUUAAAUACACACUAUAGUGAUUUGAACAAUAUUAUUUUUAAUACCAUAAUUCAUGUGCCUUUUAACCUAUAAUUUUCAUUAAACAUAUAUCAUGACUUGCAACUGUGUGGAUGCUCCUGUUCCUCCAUUAUUUGGUGUUCAAACUCUAUUUGCUGCUCAACAUACUUCAGAGUCUUGUGGUGCUAAUGGCCUACCAUUAACUCCUAAUUCUAUUACAAUUUUAGGAAAUGCUCAAAAACUAAAGACUUUAAAUCAUUCAAAUUUAGUGUCACAUUUGGAUUUUAUUCGGAAACAGCAUGGACGCAUCAUUUUGGUUUCUCAGUAUUUUAAUCGAUCUGUAUGGACUGAAUCAAAAAAUUGUUCGUUGUUAUUACCAUUGGAGAAAGUACUAAGUUGGACCCAUAAAGUUUUGUCCGCAUUGACUUAUUUAAAUGAUAAUGGUUUAGUGCAUCGAUUUUUAACUCCGCAAUAUAUAUUAUUAGAUGAUGAAGAUAAUGUUAAAUUAUUUAAUUAUGGAAUUUAUUAUAUGACAAAUAGUGGUAAAAAUAUUACUUUUCCUAUUGGGAAACUUAAAUAUACUGCACCUGAAGUGUUAGUACUUGAUAGAGCUUCAAAUAAAUCUGGUCCUAAAACAGAUUCUUGGUCAUUGGGUAUUAUUGUUUUAGAAUUGUUGUUGGGAGCACAACUUUGGCCAACACUUAAGCUUAGUCAGAUAAUUCGGAAAAUAUUAUCGUUAACGCAUUGUACAGACGUUGUAAUGAGACUUGCUCGUGAAAUGGGCCGUUUAACAAUGUAUCAGUCAUUCCCUACUGAAUUGAAAGACUUUCUCAGUAAAUGCAUUUGUAUGGAUGCUACUAAAAGAAUGUGUCCAAAAGAGCUGUAUGAUCAUAAGAUAUUUUCUCUUUAUGAGAAUUCAAAAAUAUUAACAAAUAAAUGUUAUUCAUGUAAACAUCCAUUGCGUCAAAUGAAACUGAACCAAGUUUAUUAUUUAUGGAAACUAGCCGGUGGAGAUGCUGAAUGGGCAUUAAAAAAAAAAGGCUUAUUAAGAAAUGAAUCAUCUAUUUUACUUUUACCUCGACUGAUCAUUCUUGAAGGUACAUUGUAUGGUAAUACACGUAACCAAAGUUGUUUAUUAGACUUACAGAUAAUUGAACUAUCUUUAGAUUUAUUGGUAAAUAGGCUUCAACAUCUAAAAAUAACAGAUUAUGAUCCUCUAAUUGAUCAAAUCAAAGAAUGUGAUGAUCCUACUGAAAAGUUACCACUAGUCAUUCGUGAAAAAGACACUGAAUAUCAGUUUCAUCGAAUAGUCUUGUUUGAUCGUUUAUUAUCAUCUUAUCCUUUCAAAUUGGACAGAUUACUCGCUGAAGCAAAGAAAGAUAUUCCACCAUAUUUCAGAGGAGAAAUUUGGGCAUGUUUGUUGAAUAUUUGUGGUGAUACAGAAAACACUUAUUUGUCUAUAGAUAAAGAAACUGCUGGAGUAACAGAUAGACAAAUUGAAGUUGAUAUACCAAGAUGCCAUCAAUACAAUGAUCUUCUAUCGUCUUCAGUAGCUCAUAAAAAAUUAAAAAGAGUUUUAAAAGCAUGGCUUGUUAGUCAUCCUAAAUAUGUUUAUUGGCAAGGAUUAGAUUCAUUGUGUGCGCCAUUUGUUUAUUUAAACUUUUGCAAAGAACAUGUAGCUUAUGCAUGUUUAACAGCAUUUGUGAAAAAAUAUUUGAACGAUGUAUUUUUACGUGACAACUCUACUGUGAUUCGAGAAUAUUUAAUAAAAUUAUUUCAUUUAAUUGCAUUUCACGACCCACAACUAGCAAAUCACUUGGAUGACAAAGGUUUCAUACCAGAUUUAUUUGCUAUACCUUGGUUUUUAACAAUGUUCUCUCAUGUAUUUCCCAUGCAUAAAAUUUUUCAUCUUUGGGAUAAACUUUUACUAGGUGAUUCAUCAUAUCCAUUGUUUGUUGGAUUAUCAAUCCUUACUCAGUUACGCAGUACAUUAUUAAAUUCUGGGUUUAAUGAGUGUAUAUUAUUAUUUUCGGAUCUACCAGAAGUGGACAUUGAAAAGUGCGUUUUAGAAUCAUCUAAGUUUAGUGAUGUAACACCAAGGUCAAUUACAUUUAGAAAACAUGAGUUCAGAACUGAAACUCGAGAACAUGAUCCAUGUUUAAUCUAUGAAGUAUUGCAAAAUGAAUUUAGUCCUAGAAUAAGUGUUUAUGAUUUGCAAGAAUUAAAAAGGUCCUGCCAUAAAUUUUUGGUCGUAGACUCAAGAGCACAAGAUUGUUAUAUAGAAAAGAGUAUACCAGGUAGUUUAAAUAUUCCUGUUAAGGAAGAAGAUUUUGCAGAUGAAAAUUUUGAUUUAGAGCCUAGUCCAGAAUUAAGUGCUCUAGUUAAUAACAGAGGCAGUGUUCUAAUAGUUGUUGACAAUGUAUAUGAAUUAAAUAAAGUUAAUAAGUUUUGUAGAUUUUUGGUAAAAAAAGAAUACCCUAAAGUAUGCAGUUUACAUGGAGGUAUAGAGGUAUUAGAGACUUUAAAUAUUUUAGUACCAGCUAUAUUAUUUUGAUUCAUAAUAAUUAAUAG